GUGUGGUUCCUCCCGUCGCUUGGCGCUUCUUUCCGGCCUCCUUGGCCUCGUGGUGGUGUUCGCAGCGGGGCGGCGUGGAUGUGUCCAAGACCGUGGUGCCGCGUGCUUGCGGGUGGCUUGAUGGUUGGAUGGCCCCGGUUCGAGUGGGUAGCGGUGCUUGGGGAUGUGGGAGAAAUCUUUGCCGGUUCUUCCGGCUCCGACGCGGUGACACCUGAGGGUGCCAUCAUUCCUUCUUGAAGGGCGUCGGCGCUACCCAUCACCCGCUCCCCUCUGUAUGCCGGGGGAAACCCUAGGACUCGUCCGGGCAGCAGCGUCGUUGGCGUCGCAUUCCUUCUUGGAGGUGCUGCUUGGUAUGCGGCGGGCCGGUGCCAUGGCGUGUGGUGGGACGAAGGUGGAGGGCGCAGCGGUGGCGGAUCAUUUGUGCUUGCCGAGCUGCCGUUGUUGGCUUUUAUUUCUUCUUUUUCCCUUUUGGGCUUGUUGUGCCGUUCGCCCCGGCAGUUAUCCUGUGAUCGUGUGUCUGGUGCUUUAUAAUAUAAAGCAGGGGAAACCCUUUUUCGGUAAGAACAUAGUUUGGGCCUAUUGUGAUAUUUUAUUUAUACGUCGUACAAGGCCUGCUACAUCGACAUCGACAGAAAUGGGGUCUCUUCUGGUCCGGUCAAACAGAAGCAGCUGUGCGAGCCUGGAUGUCCAGUGUGGGUCGAGUGAGAGCGAGUACACUGCCGUCGCCUCCUCUGCUCCCUAUAAACACCGGAGCUUCAAAAUGCUUCACUCGGGACUAAGGGACACCCGGGAGCUAUCACACAUUUCUCUUCAUCAUGUAUCAUGUGUGGAUGUCUGCAUCAGGCGGCAACUUUCUCUUCAUCAUGUGUGGAUGUCUGCAUCAGGCGGCACCUUUCUCUUCAUCAUGUGUGGAUGUCUGCAUCAGGCGGCACCUUUCUCUUCAUCAUGUGUGGAUGUCUGCAUCGAGAGACUUCUGGCUAGAUUUCCUGGCCACGCCCAUCUUUGGUAAUGCCUAAUUGCCUCUGGUAAUGAUUUAUUAGGUGUCUUAACCUCUGUAAUUGCUUACAUUAAGCCCUAUUAUUUGUGUCUAACACGCCCGUGGCUGCCGUAUUAUGCUGGUCGGCAACAUAGACACAUAUACUCAACGGCGCAUACUGUCCAGCUUUUGAUUAGAUUAGAUGGACGCCUCCGUAAGUAAAUAACUAAAGUUGACGGCCAAUCCACAACCAGACGUAGGUGCAUGGCCCACAUGAUCGAGCCCUUUGCGCUUUCACACAUCACACUUCCAUCUUCGUAGAUGCAUAUGACAUGGAAUGAUGGAAAGGCUCACAUACCGGCUACACUUGCACCGAUGCUUUUCGUGUGACAUCAGGCUGGUCACGAUCGCCAUUCUGGUGGCCGUGGGUAUAAGUCCCGCGGAGGCGCGUCAUUUCUUUCCCAAGACCGAGCAGACACGCGCGACCAAGCUAUAGGGUGAUCGAUCUACACGACCUGGCGAUGGGGGUGGCGUCGGCGGCACUCUGGGACAUCCUGGCGAAGGCCGCCAACGUGGCGCAGAUGUCCGGCCUGCACGCCGCCAUGCUGGUCGCCGUGGGCAUGAGCCUCCUGAGCAUCCCGCAGAGCAGGUGGGAGUGCGCCAAGCUCGAGCGGUGCAGCCGCAGGCUCCACGCGUUGCUGCAGUGGCCGACGUGCUGCGGGGCCGUGCUGCUGUGCUCGGAGAUGGGAGGCUCCGUUCUAAAGGCGCUCGUCGACGCGGCCGGACUCGUCGCCUCCUAUAAGAAGAGCACGCUGUGGCACUGCGUCCGGAGGGGCAAGGGCAUGGCCGCCCAGCUCCGGGACAUGCAGGACGUCGUUGACUCCUACUGCGGGCUCCUGCUCUACGUCAACGCGCAUCUCCUGCUACAACCGGCGACUCAUCGUCCCCCGCCAGAUGCUACUACGUACGGGGUUCAGGAGGUGAAUGAGAAUGACACACCACAGAGUCGAAGUGUGCUACAAGCAGUAACCAAUAGCCCGGGAGUUAAAGAAACUCGUGGCACUCAAAUGCCCAAUGAUGAUGGCGAGGGGGGAACAGGCAGCUGGACAGACUAG